GACAUCACAAAUGUUUAGUUCAUGAUGAGAAUAAGCUGUUUGAGGAGUUUGUUUCCAGCUCUGGCUGUCUCUGCAGUGUUUCUCUAUGUGAGCUCUGUCAAACGAAACCUCCAAACCCAAGAGAAGCAGCUUUAUCAAGCCCAGCAGAACCUCUCCUUACACAAUGAUCUUCUUCUCAACAAACUGGAGAAACUGGAGGCUCAGGUGCACGCCAUGGAAGAGAAAAACCGUAAUGUGAAAACAGAGAAGCAACCGGUGAAGAAGCUGUUUCCAAACUCGCGUCUGUUCCAGCGAUGGACUGUGGAACUUUCUGAAGAAGAUCAGAGGAAGGCUGAAGAUCUUUUUCAGAAAUAUGGCUAUAACGCCUUUCUCAGUGAUCAGAUCCCUCUGGACAGAGAGCUGCCGGAGACUCGAGAUCACAGAUGCGUUGAACGUGAAUAUCCCCAGAAUCUGCCCACCAUCGGUGUGAUUCUGAUUUAUCUGGAUGAGGCUCUGUCUGUCAUUCAAAGAGCUGUUUGUAGCAUCAUCAACAGAACUCCAGCCCACCUGCUGAAAGAGAUCAUACUGGUGGAUGACCACAGCCAAAAUGAAGAUCUGAAGACACAGCUGAAUGAUUUUGUGAGAUCUAUUAACCAGAAGCAUCCAAACUUGUUGAAACUGGUGAUACAUUCAGAGCAGAGAGGUCUCACGCAGGCGAGAAUCUCAGGAUGGAAGGCUGCCUCCGCGGAUGUAGUUGCCAUUUUGGAUGCCCACAUUGAAGUCCAUGUCAAAUGGGCAGAGCCUUUGCUUGCUCGUAUCCAGGCCGACCGCACGGUGGUCCUGAGCCCCGUGUUUGACAAAGUGAAUUUCGAUGAUUUGCAAAUAACGAAUUAUCCUGCAAACGCUCAUGGCUUCGACUGGGCUCUCUGGUGCGCGUAUGAAACGUUCCCACAGAAGUGGUAUGAUCAGAAUGACCCUUCACGGCCAGGAAAGAGUCCAUCUGUAAUGGGCAUUCUGGCUGCUGAUCGUCUGUUCUUUGGUGAGAUUGGAACUCUAGAUGCAGGGAUGCGGGUGUAUGGAGGCGAGAAUGUUGAAUUGGGAAUUCGGGUGUGGCUUUGUGGAGGAAGUAUAGAGAUUGUGCCGUGCUCUAAAGUCGCCCACAUUGAAAGGGCACACAAACCCUACAUGCUUGACCUUAGCAUUACAAUGAAGAGAAAUGCCCUCAGAGUGGCAGAAGUGUGGAUGGAUGAAUACAAGACUAACGUAAACGUUGCCUGGAAUCUUCCCAUAGAGGACCAUGGGAUAGACAUUGGAGAUGUAUCCGAGCGAAGGAAAUUGAGAGAGAGGCUGAAGUGCAAACCAUUUAAAUGGUAUCUGGAAAAUGUCUAUCCUCAGUUAAAGCUCAUAGAUGAUAUACUUGGUUAUGGAGUGGUGCAAAAUGAUCUGCAAACAAGUUUAUGUUUGGAUCAGGGGCCGCUUGAUGGAAACACUCCCAUUUUAUAUCCAUGUCAUUACUCAUAUUCACAAGUGUUUAAAUAUACAACUAGUGGUGAGAUAUUUAUUGGUCCCCUUGAGUCUCAUACACAGACACACACACGUUGUCUCAUAGAUCCGGGCUCAGGGAGAGUCCCGGCAUUGAAGUUGUGCUCAGGCACUAAAAAGCUUAAAGAGCACAUAUAUUGGGACUUCAAACAGGGACAGGCUAUACAGAACAGAGACACCAAACGCUGUCUGGAGGUCAGUGUUGAUCAGAAUGGAGAGUAUGAACUCUUUAUUGGUGAAUGCAGCGGCCAGCACUGGAAGAUACAGUAUGUUAUUCAGGACUUUUAAAAUGCAGGAGGUCAAUGCUUGCAUGGUGAUACUGCAUGCAGAUGUGUCCAGUUGGAGUCUUUGUGUCUGUACAUUUAUACUUUCUUUGUUCACGUUGGUCAAUUCUAAGCAUUUUUUAUAUACAAUUUAUUUCAAAAUGAAAAAUUUAGACUAACAAAGA